AUGACCACAAACGCCGAAGAUCACUUACUAAAACAGGAUCUCUCUACCUUAGAUGUCGCGAAACUUACAUCUUUAACCCCCGAAGUUAUCAGCAGACAAGCCACUAUUAACAUAGGAACGAUUGGACAUGUCGCUCACGGGAAAUCAACAGUCGUGAAAGCGUUAUCUGGAGUCCAUACAGUGCGUUUUAAACACGAAAAGGAACGUAAUAUAACAAUCAAAUUAGGGUACGCAAAUGCUAAGAUAUAUAAAUGUACUAACCCCGAGCAUGAGCCGCCAAGCUGCUAUAAAUCCUACGGGAGUAGUAAAAUAGACGACCCACUGUGUGAAAAACCAGGAUGUGGACAUAAAAUGGAAUUAAAACGACAUGUAUCAUUUGUUGAUUGUCCCGGCCACGAUAUAUUAAUGGCCACAAUGUUAAACGGCGCCGCAGUAAUGGAUGCAGCACUUCUUCUGAUCGCCGGUAAUGAAUCGUGCCCUCAGCCCCAAACCAGUGAGCAUCUCGCAGCAGUUGAGAUCAUGAGACUUAAGAAUAUACUAAUACUUCAAAACAAAGUCGAGCUUAUUAAAGAGUCCCAAGCACUCCUAAGACAACAGGAAAUCAAAAAGUUCAUCUCAGGUACGGCAGCCGACGGAGCACCUAUUAUACCAAUUAGUGCAGUUUUGAACUACAACAUCGAUGUCAUCAGCGAGUAUCUGGUGACGCAAAUAGCUGUCCCGAAACGCAACUUUACCGUCCCGCCACAGAUGAUAAUCAUAAGAUCAUUCGAUGUGAAUAAACCCGGAGAAGAGAUUGAAAAUUUACAGGGCGGUGUGGCAGGAGGAAGUAUACUCUACGGAGUAUUGAAAGUCAACGAUGAAAUUGAAGUCAGACCAGGCAUAAUUUCCAAAGAUCAAAACGGCCAAAUCACAUGUAAAUCAAUCAAAUCAAGAGUGAUAUCGUUGUUUGCGGAGCAGAAUAAUCUCCAGUAUGCAAUACCAGGAGGCCUAAUUGGAGUUGGAACAACGAUGGAUCCAACAUUAACAAGAGCAGAUCGAUUAGUGGGACAAGUGAUAGGAUAUAUUAACACACUACCAGACUGCUUUAUAGAAAUUGAAGUUACGUACUACUUGCUGAGGAGGUUGCUGGGUAUCAAGGUCACUGAUAACGAUAAGAACGUUAAAGUGUCAAAGCUCAAAAAAAAUGAAUUUUUAAUGGUCAAUAUCGGAUCAACGUCAGUUGGAGGCAGAGUUACAGGGAUUAAACCGGACAUGGCAAAAUUCGAGUUAACUGGUCCAGUGUGCACGAGGAUAGGAGAUAAGGUGGCGAUCUCAAGAAGAGUAGACAAGCACUGGAGAUUAAUCGGCUGGGGACAAAUCAACAAGGGGAAAUCACUACAAUUAAUAUAA